CCGUUGCCCUCCGCCACGACCAUGGCUGCGAGCAUGCCGCAGCCGUGGAGCGCCCGCCCCGGCAUCCCGCUGCCAGCUCCGUGCAUGUCGCCCUGAAGGCCCUCUGCGCGUCCUCCGGGCCGCCCACCAAUGCCUUCCUCCGGCAACACAACAUGGACGUGACCGACGAGGCCGACAGACGCGCGCGCGACCAGCUCGACCCCCGGCGUGCUGCCCUCGUCCCCGCACACAUGCCAGACCACCUGCACGACGUCCUGCACCCGCUCCCCUCCGUGCCCGACCGCCAUACCAUCAACUGGGCCCGCCGCAUCGGCGACUGUGCCUCGACCAUCGCGCGCCAACUCCGGGCAGACACGGCACCGCCUGUGGUGCAGAUCCGCGAACCGUGUUCCGGGGACGUGUACCAGGAGUCACUCGACCAAGCCACCUGGGACGUGACGCCCGAGCGUGUCAUCUGGGGCAGCCCGUUCAUCUUCUUGGUCGAUGACUUCUGCGGCGGCUUCCCCCGCCGCGACGUCACCGGCUGCAUCGUGCCCAUCCGCCCGCAGCCCGAGCAGCCAAAGCAAGACGAGCCACUGCACCGAGCGGAGCUCUUUUGCGCGCUGGCCUUGCUGCAUCGCCAGCUCAAGCGCAACCGUCCCGAUGACGACCGUCCACGUCCGUAUCGCUACUUUGUAGCCAUGCACGUUACCGUUGUCGCCGUCACCCAGGACCGCAUCCGGAUUCACGAGGCCUCGGUGGGUGAUUCGACCAAGACUGGCGGCGCAAGCGUCAUUCGCAUCGUCAAGCGUCUUGACUUGAGCAUCCGCGACGUUACAGGCGAGGCCAACACCAUGUGCGACAACGGACACGCCGUGGGCGACAACUGGCUCGACGUCAUGUCGUACAUGUGCUUCGCUGACGAAGACCACGUUUCCCCCGAUCUGGUCUCCAGGCCCACCGACGCCCCCACGACCGAGCCAAUGCGCAACACCCUCGCCGAGACCGCUCCUCCCUACGCCACUACGCUCGCGCCCGUCUGCGCCUCCUCCGCCGAAGCAGCCUCGCUCGACGCCGCCACAAUCACACCCGUCUCCUACCCACCCGUCAAGGCGGCCUCUCCUGACGCUGUCGCAUCCGAGCCAGAGCCCAACGCAUCCACUCAGAUCGCUCCCAUUCCGCAAACCCCGAAACCGCGCACGCCGCUCGCACCCAUCCCACACGGCAACGCGAUCAACACCCAGAGGGUGGGCAAGGCCGGUUCGCCCAAGAAGAACAAGUCGCCUGUCAAAGGUGCGCCCGCUCCGCCCGCUCCGUCCCGCGAGGAUACUGCAUAGCAUUGUGCAUGGUGAUCUCGCCGUCCCGGCGUUCUUUUGCUUUGGUGGACUACAGGCGUUUCGGAGUCAACGGAAGAUACCCUUGCGCGGCGGCUUUGGUCGCAAGCAGCACGUCUCUGUUCCCACCACCUGUUUCCUUCGCGCCAGAUGGAGAAAACUGCGUGGGUAGGUAGCUGUUGCAUGAAUGCAUUCAUAUUUCGUCAC